AUGAAUGGAUGUGCUCCUCAAUAGACUUCCAGGUUGAACUGGGAGAAACCUCCGUCCUUCCAGAGGUUCCUCCUCUUCUCUGACCAGUCGUCUAGCAUCCGUUGUCCCCGUCGUCGACUCCUCCGACUAGCUCCGUUUGUACUUUAGUGUCCCAUCAAACUAAUUCUUACCAUGGAAGAUCUCGACAAGGAACAACUGGCCAUGCUGCGAAAGGUGUUCGAUAGCUUCGAUCACAACAAGAAGGGCAGCAUCCCUUCGUCUAUGGUGCGAACGAUUUUCAUCGUCAUGGGACACCGCGUCGACGAUCGUAUGCUGAGGGCAAUCAUCGCCGAAGUCGAUGCUGACGGCUCCGGAGAAUUGGAAUUUUCCGAGUUUGUGACGUUGGCAGCCCAAUUUCUCGUCGAAGAAGAUGCCGAAGAGAUGCAAAACGAGUUGAAAGAAGCUUUCCGUCUUUACGACAAAGAAGGCAACGGAUACAUUACCACUUCCGUACUGCGGGAAAUUCUUCACGAACUCGAUGACAAGUUGACGCCCGACGAUUUGGACGGAAUCAUCGCCGAGAUCGACGAGGACGGCUCUGGAACCAUCGAUUUUGACGAAUUCAUGGAAAUGAUGACUGGUGAAUAGGUCUAGCAUCGUAUUAACUAAACACCAUCGUCAGAUCGAAACAGCAACGGUUCAUAUUUGUUUCGCAAUCUAUUGAUUUGGUUGACAAUUUUUCUGCCAAACUUAUUGGUUUUGAAAGCUUUUACUCCUGUUUUUGGUAUUUUUCCCACCACAUUUCUUAUACAUAUAUAUAUAUAUAUACAAUGAAGUUGUUUACUGACAAUUGUAUGUAUAUUAUACACACAGAAAUUUGG